UUUCAUUCACUCACGACCUUCGUCCGAAAACGCUCUGUAUUUCCCCGUUUUCUGCAAACCCCAAUUUUUUUCGAGAAUCUGACACCAAUGGCUCCAAAGGCAGAGAAGAAGCCGGCCGAGAAAGCCCCCGCUGAGAAAAAGCCCCGCGCCGAGAAGAAGCUCCCGAAGGAAGCCGCCGUCGCCGGCGAUAAGAAGAAGAAGAGAUCGAAGAAGAGCGUGGAGACGUACAAGAUCUACAUCUUCAAGGUCCUGAAGCAGGUCCACCCUGACAUUGGGAUCUCCAGCAAAGCCAUGGGGAUCAUGAACAGCUUCAUCAACGACAUCUUCGAGAAGCUCGCCCAGGAGUCGUCGCGGCUCGCGAGGUACAACAAGAAGCCGACGAUCACUUCUCGAGAGAUACAGACAGCGGUGCGUUUGGUGCUACCCGGUGAACUUGCUAAGCACGCCGUCUCUGAGGGGACUAAGGCGGUGACCAAAUUUACUAGCUCUUAGGGUUGUGUAAGGGUGUUUUGGGAAAUGGGUAUUUGGGGUUUGGGAUGGAUUUAGGGUUUUUAAGGUGUAAAGUUUGAAAUUGGGAUGGGGAUCUUGAAUGAUUAGGGUUAUAUGGUAUUUUGCUUAUUGAUUUCUUGAUAGAAUGGAAGAUUUUAUCUUUUAUUUAA